AUGGAUCGUACUUGGAUGUACGAUAGAGUAUAUUCCAAUAGACACAGAUUGAAAGAAGAGUAUGUUCGCGGGGUUAAAGACUUCGUAAAGAGGGCUUUGAAACAACCUAUUUGUAAAUCUGAGGGAGGGAUAAGGUGUCCGUGUAUAAAUUGCAAGUGUCUCAAGAUAAGAACACCAACUAAUGUUAGACUUCACUUGUGUCGAGAUGGAUUUCAACCGGACUAUUGGAUUUGGACUCAACAUGGAGAAGUAGAGCUCAAUGUUAAUACAAGGAAUGAUUCAAAUAGUAGUGAGCAUGUGCAUCAUGAUGACCAAAUUGAGGCAAUGAAUCAGAUGGUGUAUGAUGCUUUUAGGCCUUAUGGAGUAUUCUCUCACGUGAAUGAUAACAUAGAAGUUGAGGAAUAUACGGAGGAUGAGUUUCCCAACGAAGAUGCCAAACGAUUUUAUGACAAGUUGAUAUCUUUCAACAAGCCCAUUUAUGAGGGAGCUACCCAAUCAAUAUUAUCAAUAUCUACUCAACUUCUUGAAAUUAGGUCUAAUUGGCAUGUUCCACAAAAAGGUUUAGAUUUUGUUGCACAAAUGCUUAAAAGUGUAUGUCCAGUUCAAAAAUGCUUGCCCGAGAACUAUUACCAAGCAACACAGUUGGUAUCUAAGUUAGGGCUAAAGGUUGAGAAGAUUGAUUGUUGUAAGAAUGGUUGUAUGUUAUAUUACAAGGAUGAUAGCAAGCUAUCAGAGUGCAAAUUUUGUAAUGCUCCUAGGUUCAUUCCUCGCAAGACUGGCAUGGGAAAGUACAAAGAUAUCCCAGUGAAGAGAAUGUUCUACUUCCCAAUCAUUCCCAGAUUACAAAGAUUGUAUGCAUCAACUGAGUCGGCAAGUGAAAUGAGAUGGCAUCACAUGAACAAAAAUAGUUCCAACAUCCUUCGCCACCCGUCAGAUGGAAAAGCAUGGAAACAUUUUGAUAGUGUAUAUCCUGACUUUUCUAGGGAACCCAGAAAUGUAAGGUUGGGUCUGUGUUUAGAUGUUUUACUCCUUACAUUCAAGCGUCUGCUUCUCCAUACUCAUGUUGGCCAAUAA